AUGUCCGCACCAGCCGCCGCCAACGCAGACCCCGACCCCGACACCGCCCUCCGCGUCGUCGUCACGCCCUCCCAGUCCUCGUACUUCGCCGGCGAGCCCUUCUCCGUGACCAUAUCCAUCACAAACACCCGCUCCCCCCAGUCCGCCCCCGCGCCCCGCACCCACACCCACACCCACAAGCGCAGCGCCCACUCCGUCAGCUCAGCCCCGCUCGCCCGCCCCCCGACCUCCCCGGGCCUCCUGCGCUCCGCCUCGGCCGCCGUCCCCAAGCCAGGCGCCGCCGCCGCGGAGCUCCCCGCCAGGAAGGGCCUUAUCGGCGUCGCGAGGGCUCCCAAGGGCGCGGACGAGCUCCCGCAGGUCCUGCCGCGCGACGCCAAGCGCCGCGUGCAGGGCAAGUCGCUGUCCGUCCACAUCCUCCCGCAGGAGCAGACCCGCGCGGCCGACGACGCCAAGCGACUUUCGCCCGUCCUCGCCCGCCGCUCAGACGAGAGACGGGUGCUCAACCCCACCUCGCCCCGCAUAUCCUCCCCGCUCGCCCGCGCCUCGUCUUUGCCGCUCAACCACCCCCACGCGCGCAAGCCCUCCGUGCUCGACGCACAGCUCCCUCUCCCCGUCGACUUGGACUCCCAGCAGCAGCAGCAGCAGCCCCCGAUCCCCAAGAGCGCCUCCGUGUCGUCCUUCUCCGUUUCCCUCGACACCAUCACCGAGACCAACUCCCCGAUAACGCCCACCCCCGUCCUCAUCCCGCCCACCCCCACCGUCGUCUCCCCCUCCCCGCCGCCCUUCUCCCCCCUCGCCACCGCGCACAAAACCACCCCCUUCGAACCCCACUCCUACCCACCCCGCGCACCCCCCGCCCCGCGCGCCCCCUCCCUCCUCGGCCUCGGCCACGGCCCGCCCCCCAACCCCGCGCCCUCCCGCCUCCCCACCACCACCAAACCCGCCAAUGCCAACCUCGACCCCCCGCCGACCGCCCCCGCCGCCCGCACGACCUUCGCGCCGCCGCACAGCGAGCUCGUCCUAUACGCCUACGUCCAGCUCAUCGGCACCGCGACCCUCGCGCCCCCGCCCCUCGCCGCCCGCGCCCCCGCGCUCAUGGCCCUCCGCUCGCGCAUCGUCCGCCGCGCGCCCAUCGGCGGCGGCAGCAUGGACAUCACGUCCUCCCUCCAGGGCGCCGACGCGUCCCCGCCCGGCGGCCCGCUGGCGCAGUCGCAGUCGCAGUCGCAGUCGCUGCAGCACCAGCAGCAGCACGGCCGCGCGCGGAGGCCGCCGCACGCGCGCAGCGCGUCGCUCUCCGCGAGCCUAUUUUCGUUCCUCUCGCCCGCGUUCGCGUCGCCCGCGCCUGCGCCCGCUUCGGCGUCGCCGACGUUGGGCGGCGGCGGCGGUGGCAGCAGUGGAUUCCGCCCGGGUCACAGGGCGCGCACGUCGACGUACGCGCUUGGGGGCGUGGGCGUGGGCGCGGUCGGGCUGGGGCUCGGGGUGCCGCAGACGGAGGAGUGGGACCCGGAGACGCCCGUGCCGGUGUUCGAGGUGCCGCCUGCGAUGCUGGCGGUGGACCUGACGCUCGCGCCGGGCGAGUCGCGCAGCUAUACGUACAGCGUCGGGCUGCCGGCGCACUUGCCGCCGACGUAUAAGGGCCGCACGGUCAAGUUCACGUACCAGCUGUCGGUCGGGACGUGUCGCGCGGGCUUGGGCGCGGGCGCGGGCGCGGGUGCGGGGGGGCAGGGCACGCCGGCGAGCGGGGCGAGCAGCAACAGCAGGGUCAUGAAGGUGCCCAUCAGGGUGUACAACCACGUCUCCGUGGACACGCCGCAGGCGCCGUACGAUCUCAUGCGGUUCGCGGCGCCGGCGGGCGAGCGGCCGCAGGCGAAGGUGGUGGAGACCCGCGCGGGUGCGAGCGGGGACGCGGGAGCGGGGGCGGGGGCGGGGGCGGGGGCGGUGGAUUUUCAAUCUCCGGCCGCGCGCGAAAAGGGGUCCAUCGCGGACCUGCGCGAGUACGCGCUGCGGCUCCUGCACUCGACGCCGGGUGCGAUCUCAUCGCUGCCGUCGCUGCCGUCGUCGCGCGCGGGGCUCCCUUUGCUCGGCGACGGCGACGGCCCCAGCCCCGAGCGCGAAGAGGGCGCGACGCUGCAGGGGUGCCGGGAGGCGGUGGAGGUGCUGACGCGGGUGCCGAAGAAGGUGUCGUACGACGUGAACAAGGACGGGGUGAAGGUCGCGGUGCUGACGUUCACCAAGGCGGCGUACCGCCUCGGGGAGACGGUGCUGGGCGUCGUGGAGCUGAACGAGCGCGCGGGGCGCGCGCGGGUGCUCAAGCUGUCGGCCGCGCUGGAGGCGCACGAGGCGCUGCCCGCGGGGCUGUCGGGCGGGUCGGACGCGCGGCACCUGCGGCGGGUGCACGCGGAGCACCACGCCGCGUUCGUCGCGAGCGCGCUGCGGACGACGUUCGCGCUGGACAUCCCGCCCGACGCGUCGCCCGCGUUCGGGCUCGCGCUCGGGGACCCCGAGGGCGCACGACGCGGGAGCGGGGGCUUGGAGUGGAAGGUGCGGCUGUGCCUGCUGGUGGCGGUUGCUGCGCCCGACGCGCGGGCGGGGAUCGAGGGCGCGCGGGUGAAGCAGCUCGUGAGGGACGGGCCGCGCGGGGAGUGGGGCAGCUCGUGGGUGCCGACGCGGGGGAUUGCGCCGCUGGAGCAUCUGGAGGCUGGGCCGGUGCCGGUGCCGGCGGAGGCGGAGGCGCCGGGGGCGAAGGUGGGAGGGGAGAGAGGGGCGGCGGCGGGGAAGACGUCGUGGGCUGCGUUUUUUGCGUCUGCGUUCCUUGGGCCGUCGGAGGGUGGGUUUCACGACGGGGACGAGGGGUCGGACGGGGGUGGGGACGGGGAAGGAGAUGGGGGCGAGGGUGGGGAUGGGGAGGUGGACCUGGGUGCGGGGGAGGAGGGGUGGCGGGCGGUGCGGGUGGAGACGGUGGAGUGCGAGGUGCCGGUGAAGGUGUGGCCGGGGAACACUGCGUUUCGGGCGAUGGAGGUGGUGUUCGACGUGUGA